AUGCACGGCAUGGGCGCCAUCCGCGGCUGGCUCGAGGUCGAUACUCCGGAUAAGUGGCUCCGGUGGCAUCCUUGGCAGGAGUGGUACGAUCUCUGGGGGAACCCCCAAGCCAAGGCCGAGCUUUUCCAGUUCUUCGGUCGCUAUCUCAAGGGCGAGGAGAACGGGUGGGAAAAUACGCCCAAGGUCCGCAUGGCGCUCCUCAAAUUCGGCCAGUCGGACCCCAUCGAGAAUAUCGUCGUCCCCGACUUCCCACUUCCCGAUACGGACUACAAGAGCCUCUAUCUACAGUCAGAUGGGACCCUCGGAAGCGAAGCCUCCAAGGAAUCCUCCUUCAUUUCUUACAACUCGGAAUCGAGCGAGUCGGCGGCUUUCAAGUACACCUUUGCCCAAAAGUCGCAGAUCGUCGGCAUGCCCAAGGCCGUCCUUUACAUGUCUUGCGACGACCACGACGACAUGGACGUCUACGUCUUUAUAGAGAAGCUCGACAAGGACGGUAACCAGAUGAAGAGCUUGAAUAUCCCCUGGAAGGGAAUCCCCGUCCAAUCCUUUGACGACUUCACCCCGGAGCAGUCCACCGAGGUGGUGCUGUACAAGGGCCCCGUCGGAAUCCUGAGGGCCUCGCAUCGCGAGAUCGACCCUGCGCGCUCCAUGCACACUAAUUGGCCCUUCCACCCUCACGAGAAAGAGGAGAAGCUGACCCCCGGUACCGUGGUUAGGUUAGAUAUUGGCAUCUGGGCCAUGGGUAUCGAGUACGAGGCGGGCGAGAGCUUGAGGGUUCAUGUGAGCGGCCGCAGUUUCGCCGUUGCCAACUUUGGGACGCUGGAGCAUCUCGACAACAAGGGGACACACAAGGUGCAUAUAGGCGGAGAGUACCCAAGCCACUUGAUUCUUCCAUUUGUAUCCAUUUAG